AAUGAGGGAGAUAGAGAGAGAAAGAAGGAGAGAAAGAGGAAAGAAAACGAGAAGGAGAGUGAGAGACAAAGAGAGAAAAGAGAGAGAGAGAGAGAGAAAAUGGAAUUUCUCUAUUUCACAUGUCCUCACUUUCUUCAUUACAGAUUAAUAAACCUCUUGAUGGAUUGGGACGAACUCCUUUAAUGUCGGCCUGUGGAAGGGGCGCCGAUAGAAGAAUCAUCGACAUUUUGAUAAAAGCUGGUGCGGAGUUAGGAGCGAAAGACGUCGGGGGUUGGACAGCUUUGCAUUUGGCUGUGUUGGGGCGUCGACUGCAAGCUGUGGAGCUAUUACUCUCUCGGGGCAGCAAUGUCAAUGAGAAGGCCAUGUUCGGCAAUACUCCUCUCCAUUUGGCUGCAAGUUCAUCUCCGGAAUGGACAGAUGGUAUGAAAGCUAUAAUGAAACAGAGCGCUGUUGAGGUGAAUCCUCAAAAUAUAGAUGGUCGCACACCGCUGCACUUCGCCUGUUGGUGGGGAUCCUUGCACACUGUCGAUCUUUUGUUGGGUCACAAUGGCAUUGAAGCCAAUGUGGUUGCCAACAAUGGAGACACACCACUGCAUGUGGCAGUUCGGAGGCAAAGAUAUGAUACAGUGUCAAAGAUGCUGAUCCAGGAUUCGGUGAAUUUAGAAAUUGUGAACAAAGAAUAUAGGACACCAUUGCUUGAAGCUGUUUCGGACGGUCACCUCGGAAUAAUGCAGCGGCUGAUAGCCAGGGGCGCGAAUGUAAAUGUUGUCGAACAUGGAGGAAAUAAUUGCCUGCAUCUGGCGUUAAAAAGAGAAAACAACUUUCAUUCUGAGGUGGAGCACAUGACCAUGUUAGAUCAGGUAAGUUUUCACAUUGUUUGUGACUAUGUGUGUGU